AGAGAGAGAGAGAAACAAGCAAACGUUGUUCUCCCGGGGAAACCAAAGCGGAAGUCAACAGAGUCCACAUCCUGUUGUGUCCCUACGCCAAGCUACAAGAAUGGCGGACGAGGAGGACGAGACCGGCUUCGAUGAGGAGUUGGAUGACGGAUCCAGCGGAGUGGAUGUCGGCCACGGGAAGAGAAAGCGGCUCUUCUCCAAGGAGCUCCGAUGUAUGAUGUACGGAUUUGGAGACGACCAGAACCCGUAUACCGAGUCUGUGGAUAUUCUGGAGGACCUGGUCAUCGAGUUUAUCACGGAAAUGACCCACAAAGCCAUGUCUAUUGGACGCCAGGGCCGCGUCCAGGUGGAGGACAUCGUUUUCCUAAUUCGCAAGGACCCCCGGAAAUUCGCCAGAGUCAAAGACCUUCUGACCAUGAACGAAGAGCUGAAGAGAGCCCGCAAAGCUUUCGACGAAGCAAAUUAUGGCUCAUGAAAAAUUAAUAACAUACCUUUUUUUUUUUUUUUUUACCUAAAUCUAAUUUGACAGUUUUUUCUUUUUAUUGCUGUUCAACUGGAUUGUUCAUUUGCUGAUCUGUAGUCUUGAGGAAUUUGUUUAGCCUUGACUUGUGAUUGUUCAUUACUUCAUACCGUGGUAUAUGACAGUGACGAGAAGGCCAAAGUGUUUCCUGGUGUCAUGUUGUCUGGGACUGUCCCAAUAAAGAAACCUACUGUUUUCAUUUGCCCAGUUAUUCAUUUCACUACCCGAAUACCCAGAAAAGACUGCUCCCUAGAGCUGUAGAGUGACAUUUAUGGCUCAGCUGUUAACAUGCUUUUAGUUUUAGUCAUCAAACCAUUGCUCUUAAAAUUGUAAAUGACCCCAGAAAAUGUGCAGCCAGUGUCUCCCUCAACUUGGUACUGUUAAUUGUUUGAUUUAAUGUUUUUUUUUAAUUCUCUAAAUCCAUCUUUUUCAAUGUGAUGACUUGCUGUUGUCCCUCAUGUUCUAUGACUGUAAACUGAAUCAUUUUGGACAAAACAUCAUUAAAAUUGUCACCUUUUACUCUAGGAAAGUGUGAUGGAAAUAUUUUACUAUUUUUGACCUUUUAUGGCCAAAAUGAUUAGUUGAUUGAUACUGAAUGGAACUGUUAGUUGCAAGCCUAAUGACAUUUGAAAUGCAUUGUGAUAGCAAAUUGCCUACUGAAUUUCACAUGCUUAAGCCCUGAUUAAAGUGCAUGAU